AAUCUGAAUUAUCCAGAACAGAAAGUUGUGACUGUUGGACAGUUCAAAAUUGGAUUGAUCCAUGGACAUCAAGUUAUUCCAUGGGGAGAUAUGGCCAGCUUAGCCCUGUUGCAGAGGCAGUUUGAUGUGGACAUUCUUAUCUCGGGACAUACACAUAAAUUUGAAGCAUUUGAGCAUGAAAAUAAAUUCUACAUUAACCCAGGUUCUGCCACUGGGGCAUAUAAUGCCUUGGAAACAAACAUUAUUCCGUCAUUUGUGUUGAUGGAUAUCCAGGCUUCUACAGUGGUCACUUAUGUUUAUCAACUAAUUGGAGAUGACGUGAAAGUAGAACGAAUUGAAUACAAAAAAUCUUAAAGCCAGGCCUGUCUUGAUGAUUUUUGGGUUUUUUUUCAUUCCCCUGUUCAGAUCAAGUAAUUAAACAUUUAAGAGCCCCAAACUGUACCAAUUUUAUAAUAUUUUGCAGUAAAAUAGAAUGUCAUCUUCUCUGUUAAGACAUAAUUGCUCUGAGCUUCUUCUAAACUAUAAGAAUAUAUUUAGUUUACAGCAUAUGUUUCUAUGAAAAAGUCCACCACACCGUAAAUGGUCACAUGUUAAGAAAAAUUUAUCCUUGUAAAUAUCUUCCAAGUUGAUAUUUGGAAUUUAUUACAAAAGUAGUGCAUGAGGAGAAAGAAUCUAGACUCUUGUAUACAUUUUUCUCUUCUCCAGUAAUAAAACAUUUACCUUUUCAUUUAUA